GUGGAUCGUGGCCAUAGUAAGUGGUGUCAGAUAAAGUAAAAACGAGCUGAAAGCGAAUUUUAAAAGACAGUUACUUAGUAGUAAGAGUUGAGACCUGUACAAGGCCAGGGCCAAAUGUCUUUUGCCAAGAAGAGUACGAGUUCUGGGUCGAGGCCCAAGUAUGCUGGGAUCCCAAAGAGCCACAUUGGGUCGCGUGUCUCAUCAUCAGCGAACAAGAAGAGCCCUAGUGUUGGAAUGGAGAAAUCUUUGAAAGUCCACCAGGUGCAUGUGUUUGAUGAGUCUGGACUUGAUGUGACUCCACUUCCUCUUCUUUAUGUUGACCCAAAUGCCUUGAGAAAAAAUCAGGGCAAUAUACUUGGAGACAGUUCCGGAGGGACACCAACAGACUUUAUGUCAACAGCUUCUAUGUCCAUCUACAACACAGGGGCUUCAACUGCUGCAAGUGUUCUGGGUGGCGGACCAUUUUCAAGGUCAGUGUUCAGUCAGUCGUAUGACACGGGUACAGGAUCAGGCACUGAGGACCUACAUCAUGCAGACCACGCCCCGACAGAGUCCGCGUGGGCGGAAAUUCGGCACAAACGUGAAGAAGUUCAAGAAUUUUUAACCCCGGAAGACCUUGAACUGUUUGUUGAUCUGACACUGUCGGAAACAGAGACCAUUUGGUUGCUGGACAUGCCAGAUGUGUUGGUGUCGAGCGAGGCCACAGAUGCGGAAGCCAUCAAAGAAAGGAAUACAACCUAUGCGAAUUUGGUGAAAAGUCGGCUUGGCAAUGACCUUUAUGCUGAAAGAGGAAUGAAUACUUUCAAUGAACCUCGAAAAUUGAAAAACGUACAGACUUCAAAAAUCACACGUGUGGAUAUUGGAAUCAUGUGUACAACAUGGGACAUGUUUGACACCUAUGAAAAAGUAGACAAAGAAACUAAAGCUAAGAAAGACAAAGAGGACGAUGUAGAAGAAACUAUCAGUCAUCCAGCUACUCCCAAGAGUCCCGAGGGAGAAACUGCGGAUGAUGUCGCUUCCUUGCUUCUCUCCUCCAAAGAGAACACCAUGGACUCUUUCAGUAAAAGAAAAGAGGGCGGUAUAUCCAGCAUGACAGACAGUCAAGCAACAGUUGGGUCGUCCACCACAGGGCUGGAGAGUCUGUUUCCUGGACGUGAUCUUGUUGGCUCAGUUAUGUCCACCGAAAUCAACGUCCAUGACGAAGAAAAAAUAAUGCAUUCGGAGGCACUGCAGCGAGACUUGUUCUUCAUGGAGCGAGUGAUCAACCUGAACACGUACCAGUCAAAACAGGCACACUACAGAGGGUUCCCCGUCAUAUCAGAUAUUGAUGGAGCAGCUGACAACAAAGGACAGGUUGCUGUCCAAGACAUGGGCCCAAAUCUGGAGAGACUCUGGACGUACAACUGUCAGCUGACAAAGGGCAGGAACGUUUCUUGUAUGGUCUGGAACACACUCAAUCCCGAUCUUAUUGCUAUUGGCUAUGGACAGUUUGAAUUCACCAAUCAAAAAGGAGGUCUUGUUUGUUGUUGGUCACUGAAAAACAUAGAGUAUCCAGAGCGAGUAUACAAUUGCAAAGAAGGAGUAACAGCUUUAGACUUCUCUCGUACAAAUCCAAAUCUUCUGACGAUUGGGCUUUACGAUGGUGGAGUUGCAAUAUACAAUGUCAGGAAUACCAAGGAUGAACCAAUUGUAGACAACUUUGGGAACCCCGGAAAGCACACAGCACCAGUCUGGCAGGUGCAGUGGAUUGAAAAGGAGCGAGGGAGUGGGGAGGAGAAAACUGAGGUCGUCGUUUCAGUCUCGACAGAUGGGAAAAUUACACAGUGGUCAAUAAGGAAAGGUUUUGAGAGCUAUGAACUGAUGAGACUGAAAAGAGUGCCAAUGAAAAUGGGAGGCAAGGCCAAAGAAAAGAAAACAGAAGCAUUUAUCUCAAGAAACGCUGGUGGGCUGUGUUUCGACUUUUACUCAAGAGAUUCCAAUGUUUAUUUAGCUGGUACAGAAGAUGGACAGAUCCACAAGUGUUCGUGUUCGUACAACGAGCAAUAUCUGGAGACCUAUUCAGGCCACACAGGUCCAGUCUAUAAAAUCCACUGGUCACCGUACAUCAAAGAUAUCUUCCUCAGCUGUAGUGCUGACUGGAGUGUGCGGCUGUGGCACCAAGAUCAGCAGAAACCCAUCCUCAGUUUCUUUUCUUCCACGAAACCUGUCAAUGACGUGGACUGGUCUCCGCAAUCCUCGACUGUGUUCGCCUGUGUCAACAACGGAGCCGUGGAAGUCUGGGAUCUCAGUACUAGCACGUUAGAUCCAGUUAUUAUAAACAAUCCAACCUCAGAAGCUACACAAACCACUGUUGUAUUUGCCAAAAAUUCAAACUGUAUUUUAGUGGGCGACAGUGAAGGGCAGGUAACCGUGUACCAGUUGAGCAGUAUGCCCAAUCCACCAGAAGACCAGGUGGCCGCUUUAAAUCGUGUGAUCAAGUCAACACUGGCCAGUCAGCUGGAGACAACUACAGAAGCAACAGAACAGUAGCUUUAGCAGCGUAAACAUGUACAGGAGUUUAUACACACACCGUGGUCCUGAAUUUUCACACACUGCAUGUAGUCAAGACUCCAUUGAAUUCUCCGGUGGAACAGACCACCACCAUUAUUUAGUGUGAGAUCACUUUGGAAGCUGCUAUCAACCACAUGUAAAUUAGACUUGGUUGCUUAUUGAUGCAUGGUCAUACACCUUGUGACCUUUGUGUUCAUGGACUCGGUAUCAAACCUCGGACUCGGUAAGACCUGGAUUUUGAGUUAAGUACAUUCCGUCCAAAUGAAAACUACAUUUAAAAUGUCUUAGCUGUGAUGUGCUGAGUUUCUGUCAGCCUUUUUGUUGACAUACGUUUAUGUUUAUUGUUGUGUAUUAUUAACUGUGUUAUUUAUUUUGUCUCUUUUCCAACAUUUAUAGGAAGUAUCUGAAGGUGAUUAUAUUCAUUGGGCAAGCUAUCAUUUGACUGUGCAGUUGAAAUUGUAUUAUAUGUUGAACACAACAUGUUUUAGGACAAAUGUUUUGGACAAAUCAAGAACUGGGACAAUAAAAAUUUAUUUUUUGAAAA